CGACACACCCGCCGCCUCCCAGCAACCGCCUUUCUCAUCCCAGAAAACAGCCCGCAUCACAGCAUUGAUACUCGUUGCGCAAUACAGCAAUUCACCAUGCUCUACUCCUCCGUCAUCGUCGCCGCGGCCCUUGCUGGCUUCGCCGCUGCCCAGAACAACACCGUCAUCCCCUGCUGCUCUGUGUCUGUGUCCACCGUCCCCGAGGACAAAAGGCAGUCAUGGUGUGACGCUCAGGAGAACACCUGUGUGGACCUUUGCGGUGGCCAGGGUGACAUUGCCAGCAACGGCAACACUUGCGACGCUUCCACUCUCGACUACAGCUGCAAGUGCUCUAACGGCACCACCAUUGCCGCGGAUGUCAUGAAGACCUACCAGCAGACCGUCCCUGCUCAGAUGUGCUACUACUGGUACGAUGCUUGCAUCAACGCCACCAUCGGCGCCAACGGCGAGGGCAACGCUGCUCAGCAGUUCCAGUGCAACCAGGCUCGCGACACCGAGUGCGGUAACACCACCAUCGACGAGUCCUCCUCCGGUUCUUCCUCUGCCUCUGCCUCCUCCAGUGGUGCUAGCCGCACUUCCGGCGGUGCCUCCGCUACUGGCGCUUCAUCGACUGGCUCCAGCACCGCUGCUGCGUCCUCGGGCGCUGCCGUCGCUCUGGGCACACCUGCCCUGGCUGCCGGCCUCCUCGCCAUCUUCGGCCUUGCCUUGUAGAAAGGUCGACUAUCUAGAGUGGGUAGCGGGCCGGUCCCUAUAGGGUGGCUGUGGUAAUAACGGAGGAUGAUAUAGGUCUCGCGAAGUUCUUUGGCGUCACGUUGCGAGGUCUUGUAUGCUCAAUUGCGCAUGACAUGGAGAAGGAGAAGCCUAAGGAGCUUUAAUGCGAUGAUAUGAAGGAUAACACGACUUGCAAUACCCCAAUCAAAAUCUUCAACUGUUCAAUGCAUCUGCUCUCUGCCUGAUU